AUGAGUAUCAAGAAUAAUAAUGUUUUGGCCUCCUCUCCCUCCCCUUCUGUGGUUGUCUCACUCGAACCUCCCAAAAUCAGAAGGCUUUAUCAACUUUGGAAAGGAAACAAUAAAUUUCUAUUUGGUGGAAGAGUAGUCUUCGGUCAGGAUGCAUCAUCUCUUUUUUUGACGUCGUUCUUGAUCGGAGGUCCAGCAAUAACUUUCUGCAUACGAAUGCUAUUAAUAAUCAAAGAUGAAGAUACUACUUUUAACCAUCUUGUACUUAUUGGAGGAUCGAUCCUCACAAUUUUGAAUUUUAUGUUUCUCUUCAUGACAUCUGGUAGAGAUCCAGGAAUUAUCCCUAGGAAUACACAUUUACCUGAAUUAGAGGAAUCAUUUUGCACAAAUUCAUCAUCAAUGGAAUGGGUAAACAAUAAAACCCCGAACCUGAAACUACCUAGAGUGAAGGAUGUGAUAGUCAAUGGCCAUACAGUGAAGGUGAAGUUCUGCGAUACCUGUUUGCUUUAUCGUCCACCGCGCGCUUCACAUUGCUCUAUUUGCAAUAACUGUGUUCAGAAGUUUGAUCAUCACUGCCCUUGGGUUGGUCAAUGUAUUGGAUCGCGUAACUAUCCAUUCUUCAUAUUGUUCAUAUCAUCGUCAACCUUGUUGUGCAUAUACGUCUUCUCGUUUUCUUGGGUUAACCUUCUUCGGCAACAAGAUAGAUUAUGGUCAUCCAUGUCACGCGAUGCCUUAUCGGUUGCUCUCAUUGUAUAUUGCUUCAUAGCCGUUUGGUUUGUCGGAGGCCUAACAGUGUUCCAUCUUUACUUGAUUUCCACCAACCAAACAACUUAUGAGAAUUUCCGGUACCGCUACGAUAAGAAGGAGAAUCCAUAUACAAAGGGAAUAAUGGAAAACUUCAAAGAACUUUCUUGUUCCAAGAUACCAAAAACAAUGAUAAAUUUCAGAGAAUGGGUUGCAGAAGAGGAUGAUAUUCAAGACGAGUCCUUUACUUCAGAUCUUGAAAAAGGUUUUAUAAGCUCGAAACAAAAGUUUGACCUGGACAUGGGAGUAUACGGAAAGGACGGAAUGCGAGUUCCCGGUAUUUUACAAGAUUUGGAUUACAACGGCAUUGAGGAUCUAAAGAAAAAGAAGGCAGGAGAAAACGAGACCACAUUUGAUAUCUUUGUUCCUUCUGAUCAAGAACUAAAAUUUUCCCAAUGGAGAUCCAAAGUCGGAGGCAAUGAACAAGAUGUGAAGAAAUAG